AUGACUACACUCAGAUACUGCUUCUUUGCUGUCCUGAUUCUCAGUGUUUUGCUUCCAUUUGCUUUCUAUGGUGUUAAUCUGCAUGCACAAAAGUCUGUCAGGAGGCUGAACUUCUCGGUGAGUUCAACUUUAGCAGAAGCCUGUAAAGCACUUGUUGAAGAUAAGGCACCCUUUCUGAAGGAAAACACUUUAAAAACGUCAUUCGGAGAAUCCAGUUGCACAGAGUACAUCACGCAGAACCGCUACAUCACCCGUGCCCUCUCGGCCGAGGAGGCUGCCUUCCCCAUUGCCUACGUGAUGACCCUGCACAAGGAGUUCGAGACCUUCGAGCGGCUCUUCAGGGCAGUGUACAUGCCCCAAAACAUCUACUGCGUCCACGUGGAUGCCAAGGCGCCGGCCUCCUUCCAUCGAGCGGUUCGGCGACUGCUGGGCUGCUUCCCCAACGCCUUCCUCGCCUUGCGGGCGGAGCGGGUGGUCUAUGGUGGGGCCUCCCGCCUGCGGGCUGACCUCCACUGCAUGAGGGACUUGCUGGCCUCGGCUGUGCCCUGGCGCUACCUGCUCAACACCUGCGGCCAGGACUUCCCCUUGAAGACCAACCGGGAGAUCGUGCGGCUGCUGAAGAGCCUCGGUGGGAAGAACAUCACCCCCGGGGUGCUGCCGCCGCCCCACGUCACUGCACGCACCAAGUACGUGCACAGGGAGCAAUUAUACUCUUUGUUUUCUUUCAUGCUGGGGACGUUCAUGCCCAAGGCCCCCCCGCCCCACAACCUGACCCUCUACUUUGGCUCCGCGUACGUAGCCGUCACCCGGCCCUUUGUGGAGUUCGUGCUGCAGGACCAGCGCGCCACCGAUCUGCUGGCCUGGUCUGAGGACACCUACAGCCCCGACGAGCACUUCUGGGUGACACUCAACAGGAUCCCAGGUGUCCCAGGCUCCAUGCCCAAUGCAUCAUGGGAAGGUGACCUGAAAGCGGUAAAGUGGAUUGACAUGGAAGAGAAGCAUGGAGGUUGUCAUGGCCAUUACGUCAGGGGCAUUUGUGUCUAUGGAACAGGUGACCUCAAGUGGCUUUUUAACUCCACCUCUAUGUUUGCAAAUAAGUUUGAGCUUAAAACAUACCCCCCGACUGUGGAGUGCCUGGAGCUGAGACAUCGGCAGAGAACCUUGUCCCAGAGUGAAGUUCAGGUGGAACCCAACUGGUAUUUUUAG